UUUUUUGGCACCGCCAUGGAUUCCAAGAAUUAUCGUAGAGACUAAUCCUGGGAGAGCCCUAAAUAUUUCUCUUUAUAAUUCUUGACUUUUUUCCCCUUUUUUUUACAUCCGGAAAUUCAGUUAGAACUUCUGUCGAAUCUCGGAUAAGGAAACUAAAAAGUCCGAGGAGGAGAAGGAAAGAUUUUUUCUUCUCAGAAGACGAAAGAAGAGGAGGUGAAUCAUCUUCUUCCAUUCAGAGAAUCUGGGUCGUGGUUCUUUGGCUGUUACAGUCAUCGAGCCGACGAGAAAAUUUUCCGACAUUGAAGCAUAAAGAAUGCCUGAGAAAGGAGCGAUUCCGUCUCCGGCGGCGAUUCUCCGGCCGAGCCCUCUGCACCAUUGGCGAUUCGGUGCUCUCACAGCGCUCGUCUUCUUCCUCAUGGUGGUCGUGUGGAGCAUCGAUGGCUGCACCAUCAGAGGCUUCAUCCAGCCGUGGAGAUGGAAUGUAGACUCCAUGAGAGCCAAUGCUUCUUCUUUCUCUUCGGUCAUUGUGAAGAACCAUCUUCAAGAUCCCACCUUUAACACAACCCGCCACCGAAAUCUCACUCCCGACACAACCCACUCCGCGACCCGACAACGGAAUCUCACUUCGAAAUCGAAACCGAGCCCGACUCAGCUCAAGUGGGUUUUACCCGAGUUGGAGCAAAAUUUCACGACGAAUCUUCUCAAAAAGUGGUUGGCUCCUGGAGGACAACCUUGCAGAGAGGCGAGGACCGUCGAGAUUUCAGUUCCCGACAUCGACGGUAAGGAUUUGGUGGAGUUAACGGCCGGUGAGAUUCACGAACUCAAUUUCCAAGCCCUCGACGAUUCGGGCACACCAGUUUGCCUCGGUGGGGACUACUUCGAAACGGAUCUCUCCGGCGAAAACUGGAAAUCUAGACCGCCGGUGAAGGAUUUCGGCAAUGGGACUUACUCUGUUUCGCUUCAGGUUCAUCCAGACUUCGCCGGCGAUUACAAUCUCACCGUGAUUUUGCUAUUUCGUCACUUCGAAGGCCUCAAGUUCAGUUCCAGUCGCUUCGCUUUCGACAAAAAGCUACGGAACACAAGAAUACGCUUCGCUAAGGCUGAAGUCACAUUGCCGGAGCUCAUGGCUUGUGGGCCAUCGGAUUUCACCAGAGACGCCUGGUCCGGACGGUGGACGAGGCACGGGAGUAACGGCGAGUGCCAGAUCAGCGACGACGGUCGUUACCGCUGUCUUGCCGCAGAUUUCGCAUGUCGGAAGCCGUGGUGUGACGGCGCGUUAGGAGCGUUAGAGAGCAACGGUUGGGUUUACUCGAGCCAUUGCUCGUUCAAGCUGUUUUCUGGCGAUUCUGCCUGGGAAUGCUUGAAGAACAGAUGGAUUUUCUUCUGGGGAGAUUCAAACCACGUCGACUCGAUCAGAAACUUGCUGAAUUUCGUCCUCGGCCUCCCAGAGAUCCGCUCGGUCCCGAGAAGAUUCGAUCUGAGCUUCACAAACCCGAAGAACACAUCACAGAGUGUUAGGAUCACCAGCAUUUUCAACGGCCAUUGGAACGAAACCCAGAACUAUCUAGGACUGGAUUCGCUUAAAGAUCAAAACUUUAGAGACUUGCUGAAGAAAUACUUCUCCGAAGAGACAGCUCCAGACGCCAUGAUCGUGAACUCAGGUUUGCACGACGGAAUCCACUGGUCCAACGUCAGAGCUUUCGCGAAAGGCGCAGAGUACGCAACCAAGUUCUGGAGGGAGGUGUUCGAGUCAGUGAAGAGCAGAGGACUGGAACCACCGAAGGUGAUAUUCAGGAAGACGAUCGCGACAGGAGGGUACGCGAGAUCAAUGGCGUUCAACCCAAGCAAGAUGGAAGCUUUCAACGGCGUGUUGCUGGAGAAGAUGAGGAAAGCAGGAAUGGAAAUUCCACGCCUUAUGAUAUCUGUGGCUUUUAAGACUGGAGACUAUAAGCAACAAGUGAUAUUUAUCGGUGGAUUGACUGAUGGAUUUCUGGCUACUGAAUACUUGGAAACACUUGCCAUUGCUUUGGAUAAGGAGAAGUGGUCGCUUGUUCAGCUACUUAUGUCUUCUUCAUAUUCCGGAUAUGGCACUUCCAGCUUGAAACAAGUCAGAUGCAACGACGGGGUUCACUACGGCAGAGCUCCGGCGAAGAUGCGGUGGAGAGACGGUGAGGUCGGUCAUCAGUAUUUCGUGGAUCUGAUGCUCGUUCAUGUCUUGUUGAAUGCCUUGUGUGCAAGAUAAGAGGAGAAGGUUUUUUUUUUGUCUAGGAAGGAAUUACAUUUCUUUAUAUUAUUUUCAACAAUAUAGUUUCAUUAGUGGAUUCAUUAUCAUAAGUAAAACAGAUUACACAUGUUGAUGUAGAUAAAAGCAUGCAACAUUUUGUAUCAUAUGUAUAACAAAGUUAUUUGAAUUUGAA